AUGGCAACAACGUCGCCUCGUCAUGAAGAACAAAUCAGUGUGCUCUCCAAUAUAGAAGUAACCGGCUCAUCUAGGUGUCGCACUAUCAUGAAAACAACUAAAAUAAUGAUGGCUAUCGAUAACUAA